AUGGCCAACAACACGAUCACCACUAGCCUGCAAGAAAAAGCCAGGACGUCAGAAGAAUGGCAUCCUUCACAUUGUCACAGUAGCUUCAGAGUCACAACCUACCAUCGCCCAGCCUCUCGAUGUCCCCGAAGGCAUAAAUAUACACACCUCAACCACUCACUCCAACAAGCCCGUAUCAGGCUCAGCGGCUGGCAAACGCAAACUUUCUGUAUCCGGCCCCUCCGUCAUGACCGGUCCGACAAAAUUAAACAGGAGUCGGGUCCAAAAGCCGAAGGGACAGAGAAUACCUUGGGCAAUGAUUCCAACACUACUCCAGUUAUACCUUGGGCGAUGAUUCCAACACUACUCCAGUUACUAAUGACGAGGCUGAUGCAAAUGACGAGGCUGAUGCAGAUGAUGAAGAGGGGGAGAACCAAAGGCAAAGGCGAAGAGGACAAGAGUCUUCCGGCCCCUGCAGCUCAAGCCGAAUAUCUUAUGAUCGCAAUACAUGUCGCAUGGCCCAAGAAAUUGGAUGCUGCCAGUGGCGAGAGCGACUUACAAUCUUUGGCAGCUGCUCCUAGACACAGCGAAGCUGUCAAGCGGCAAGCUGGGUUUCAUCACCUUCAAAUCGGCACCUUCCACUCCAAAUCAGCCAUCUCGCUCAACAACCAACAACCAGCCAUCUACCUCAAAUGGCAGCUGCUAUCAGCUGCAGAUACCCAUCGUAUCCUACCUCCCAUGCAUCCUUUGCUCAAUCCAACCCUUUCCAAUCCCCUUGAAGCUAACUACAAGCCUGGCACCAAGCGUACAAGUGACGAGAAUCAACCCAUCCCGCCUCGACCGCCUCCCAACCUUCGACUCCCCGCACCACUUCUUCAAAUGCUCAAUCAGAUGAAUCAGAAGGCGCGCCCAGCAACCCGUCUGGCUCUGACCCACGAAUGGUGUGCUCAAGAUGCAGAGACUUGGCGGCCCCCGAAGCCCCACCCCCCCUCAUACUCCACAGUCUUCCGGUUACGUCUCACUCAACAGUCUUCCGGUUACGUCUCUGAACCCGAAAACUGUGAUCAAGAUCGACGAGUACCGUCUGCUCUGAGCUGCCCGAGUCCAUCGACCUCGACGAAACCCCUCAAGCGUUGGUUGGCCAUCCCAGCCCUGAGCAUCAACCACAUCUCUCUGAAUUUUGGCAAGGACGAUGAAGACGAUGCCGUUGACCGAUCUUAUGGCUCGGAAGAACCGCUCCCGCCUGUAGUAUCUGGCAUCGAUACCUCAUACACUGCGAACAGUCAAAUGGUCGACGAACUGCUUACAUCUCCUGACAUAGCCAGACUUGUUAAUGCCCAAGCAGGUCAGCCUCGGUUGACAGCCUCUCUUGUGCAUGGCCAAGACCGAAAUUGCCCACCUGGAAAAUCCGGCCCUUCCGAGGAGACUUUUGUAGAAGCGGCCAACAAGGAACGAGCCCGUAAGAAGGUCGCACUCGAAGCUGCCUCAACUGGUCAUUCUGGCACCCUUGAAUCCUCUUCUCAAAGGUCUUACUCCUUAAACGCUGAUUUACCCCGACCCCCUCGCCACGUCCUUUCCUCUCAGACCCUCGUCCAACCCAUUCAAAACCCCUCCUCUCAACUUGCCCUCUCAGAUCUCCCUGCCAGCAUCACCACCACCACCACCACCAAUAAUUACAAUCCACGCAGCACUCUCUAUCUCCAUCACUGUCGCUUAACUUAA